AUGGCUCUCCAUUUUCGGAGGAAAUCAUGUAGAAAGUUUUCAUUCUUCCAACUUUUCCCAGGAAGGGGGAUUAUUGAGGGUCUGAAAGCUUACAGGAAACAAAAUGGAUCUAUUAUACUUUUUGGUCCCGAGGAAAAUGCAUCGCGUUUGCAGAUAGGUGCAGAGCGAAUGUGCAUGCCUGCACCGACUAUUGAACAGUUUCUGGAAGCUGUAACAACUACUGUAUUGGCGAAUGAACGCUGGGUACCUCCUUCGGAUAAAGGCUCUUUACACAUUCGACCUCUACGUUUUGGGAAUGGACCUGUUCUUAGUGUCACACCGGCACCUGAAUUCACCUUUUUGAUCUAUGUUACACCAGUUGGGAGUUAUUUUGAGGGUGGUUUGAAACCAAUUAAUCUGGUGGUUGAAAAUGUAAUACACAGUGCAACCCCUGGAAGAGUUGGAGGCAUAAAAGCUAUAGGGAACUAUGCUGGGAUUAUGAAGGCACAGGCUGAAGCUAAAACUAGUGGUUUCUCUGAUUUUCUGUAUCUCGACUCUGUUCACAAUAGAUAUGUUGAAGAGGUCUCUACCGCUAAUGUUUUUGUUGUAAAGGAUAAUACAAUUUCCACUCCUGCUCUAGGAGGAACAAUUCUUACCGGGAUUACAAGAAAAAGUAUUAUUGAGAUUGCUCAAAGCCAGGGAUUCAAGGUUGAGGAGCGGCUUGUGUCAGUUGCGGAAUUGAUUGAUGCUGAUGAAGUCUUUUGUAGCGGGAAUGCCGUUUGUGUAAUGCCUGUUGGCAACAUUAGUUUCAUGGAAAGAAGGUUAUGA